AUUCUCCUGUCUCAAUUAUUUCCAAGCAGAACCUGUUCCUACAGCACUAGCAAAUCACAGAUCACAUAUACGCCAUGCAGGAGCCUGCCACAGCACCGUGGGGUCUGAGCAUCAGCGACGCCGACUUUGAGAAGCUCAAAGCCGGUUUCGAACCUCAGGAUCAGGAUGACAAAUGGCGCGUCUCGGUCACGGAUCAGAGCCGGAGCGGCAACAUCUCCAUUCACCUUGCUCGAAGCGGGACGGACAAGGAACUCUACGUACUUGUUGUGAAGCCAAGCGACGGUGACAGCAGCAGCAGUGGUGUGAAGAUCGAAGCUAUCACCUGGGAACAGAACAAGGGUGGAAUUCGCAUCUCGGAGGAGCAGGCCAAGAAGGAAGUAGUGAUUAUAACCAGACGCCUUCUGGAGUGCGAUUUUGAUGCGCUUCCAGAGUAUGAAGUCUCGGAUCUGUGGAAUCAUCCUGCUGCUCAUAUAGGCGCCAAUUGAGCAAACUUUUCUUUUCUGCCUCAGUAUCUAGGCUAGGCCAAGUUGUCAAUAGACACCGC